GAUGAAUGCGCCUAAUAUAUGUUUAGAGCAUUCUCAUUAGUGAACUUAUGGGGGGUUCACACAGAUUCCAAAAAAAAAAAAUAUUAAAAUAAUGAAUAGUGAUGAACUUGUCUCUCUCCACCUCUUCCCAGUGAACCUGGUUCAUCACUGUAACGCGGGUUCCAUGGCACGUGCCGGCCUGCGAUUAGUCUGAUUAAUUAAUUUUUUUUUAUUUUUUAAACAAAAAUCAAAAAAAAAAUAAUAAAAAAAAAUACUUUGUGAACCCUUUUUCAUGGGGUUCACUAAUGGGGGUACUCUUAGUCUUUUAAACAAUGAAUAUUUAAUCGCUACUCUCAACUACUUUAUCUCCUUUUUCUACUCCAAUCCUAACUACAAAGUUAUAUCGAUCAUCUUCCUAUAAAACUGUCCUUGCUCGUUCUUAGCUGCAACAGCCUUUCUAUAAGCUAUCUUCACCGCUCUCCACAUUAUCAUGGCGACACAAGAUUUGCAAGGGAUCAAACUCUUUGGCAAAACCAUUGCAUGUAACGUCAAUAUCACUCACAAGAUCAAAAACGAAGAUGAGAAACAACCGUCGGAUCCCACAGUCAGAUCAUCCUCAUUAUCUGAUCCGACGGUGGAGAAGCGUCCGGACAAGAUCAUAGCAUGUCCGAGAUGCAAGAGCAUGGAGACAAAGUUCUGUUACUUCAACAACUACAACGCUAAUCAGCCUCGGCACUUUUGCAAAAGCUGCCACCGUUACUGGACCGCCGGUGGCGCACUCCGGAACGUUCCUGUUGGUGCCGGUCGUCGGAAAACAAAACCACUGGCCCGUGUUGUUGUCGGUAUGCUUGGGGAUGGAAAUGAGGCUCACCAUGUCGAGCUUAUUAAUGGCUUGCUUUCCCAUGAGUUGCAUUCGGCAGCCGCUGCUCGCGGCGGUUUCCGACAUGAUUUUUCCCUUAAGCGGCUCCGGUGCUUUUCUGACGGUGAGCCGUGUUGAUU